AUGCACCAGAUCUCCCUGAGAGAAUUCAAGACGUUCCCCAUGGGGCAGUUGGAAGUUCUGAAGGCCCCUAAGAAGGCCAGGGGCUACCUGACUGUGAACAUUGAGCCUCUCCCACCCGUGGUGGCUGGUGAUGCCGUGACCUUGAAGUGUAACUUCAAGACAGAUGGUCGCAUGCGCGAGAUCGUGUGGUACCGGGUGACGGAUGGCGGCACCAUCAAGCAGAAGAUCUUUACCUUUGACGCCAUGUUCUCCACCAACUACUCGCACAUGGAGAACUACCGCAAGAGAGAGGACCUGGUGUACCAGUCCACCGUAAGGCUGCCCGAGGUCCGCGUCUCAGACAACGGUCCCUACGAAUGCCACGUGGGCAUCUACGACCGUGCCACAAGAGAGAAGGUGGUCCUGGCAUCGGGCAACAUCUUCCUCAAUGUCAUGGCUCCCCCCACCUCCAUCGAAGUGCUGGCCGCGGACAUGCCAGCCCCCUUCAGCCGCUACCAAGCCCAGAACUUCACGCUGGUCUGCAUCGUGUCUGGCGGGAAACCAGCGCCCAUGGUUUAUUUCAAACGCGAUGGGGAACCCAUUGAGGCAGUGCCCCUGUCCGAGCCUCCGGCUGCAAGCUCUGACCCCCUCCAGGACAGCAGGCCCUUCCGCAGCCUCCUGCACCGUGACCUAGAUGACACCAAGAUGCAGAGGUCGCUGUCCCUGCUGGACCCUGAGAACCGGGGUGGGCGACCCUACACAGAGCGCCCCGCCCGCAGCCUGACCCCAGACCCCAGCGUCCUCUUCCAGCCCACCACCGAGAACAUCCCAGAGACGGUGGUGAGCCGCGAGUUCCCACGCUGGGUCCACAGCAAUGAGCCCAUCUACUUCCUGCGCCACAGCCACGCCCCGGGCAGUGACGGCACCGUGGAGGUGCGUGCCCUGCUCACCUGGGCGCUCAACCCGCAGAUCGACAAUGAGGCCCUCUUCAGCUGUGAGGUCAAGCACCCAGCCCUGUCGAUGCCCAUGCAGGCAGAGGUCACGCUGGUUGCCCCCAAAGGACCCAAAAUCAUGAUGACACCCAGCAGAGCCCGGGUUGGGGACACAGUGAGGAUUCUGGUGCAUGGAUUUCAGAAUGAAGUCUUCCCAGAGCCCAUGUUCACAUGGACACGGGUUGGAAGCCGCCUCCUGGACGGCAGCACCGAGUUUGAUGGGAAGGAGCUGGUGUUGGAGCGGGUUCCCGCCGAGCUCAACGGCUCCAUGUACCGCUGCACGGCCCAGAACCCCCUGGGCUCCACCGACACACACACCCGGCUCAUCGUAUUUGAAAACCCAAAUAUUGCAAGAGGAACAGAGGACUCCAAUGGUUCUGCUUCUGGCCCUCCUGGCGUCCGGCUCACUUUGGUGCUCGCCCUGACAGUGGUCCUGGAGCUGACGUGAAGGCUCGGCCCCUGCUCCCACCGCUCCGCCCAGCACUGACAUCUCUGCGAUCGGUUUUCGUUUCUUUUCUAAACUAUUUCCAGUCUGUUCUUAGUCUCUUUCUGUCUGUGUCCUGGCUUCUUCAGUCAGUUUAAUUAAAACAGAAUAAUUUUCCCCA